UCCAAACAACUCUUUACAAGAGACCAAAUUCAACAGAUAAAUUUAAAAAAAAACAAGCUAUGUUUUUGCUUGGUAUUUCAACUAUCUGUUAUUAUAAUCAUUGAUAAUAAAGAAUUGUAAUUUUAAUAUUAAUCAUGCUAUGUUUAUGAUGACGUGUCCUUCUACCAUCGAUACUUAUUGGUGUAUAUGCUUAAUGUUACUUUCAAUAUAAUCGCAGCAUUAACUUGUAAAUGUAUAGGCUUAAUCAUAGAAUUUUAAAAUUAUUCACAUAUAUUUUUUGAAAGAUGUAAACAAUUUUAUUUCAUUCUCAAUUUUAUUCAGAAGAAUUAUUUUUUGGUUAAUAAUCAACAACUCAAAAACAACAAACAACAAAAUAAAAAUCACUCACAUUUACAUGUAUACAUCUCUAAAAACAAUAUAUAAAUUUUAGUUUCAUGGUGCCCCCUAGGGGAAUCGAGGUUCUGGAUACGCCCCUGCCUUAAUCUUAAAGAUAACAUUUUUCUCCUUUGAAUUGUAUUACAUUGUGAAAAAAAGAUGUGGUUUGAUUCCAAUGAGACAACUCUCCACAAGAGACCAAAAUGACACAUAAAUUAACAACUACCGAACGGCCUUCAUCAAUGACUGCAUAUAGCUGUAUAGCUAUAAAUAGCCCCUAAAUGACACUCAAAUACAAUUCAAAUCUCACAGGAUUUCCAUUGUUGAGUAUUAAUAGGGACUGCUUAAUUUACGGUCUUAAAGAAACUAAUAGUUAUAAUAAAAGGUAAAGGCCGUUGCUACCUUUAAACAACAGUUACAUUGUCAUAGAACUACAGCUACGUUUUGACUUUUCAGAUAAACAAUAAUAUUUUGUAUUAUAUGUCUCUGAUAAAAUCAUGUGUAAGAAAUUACCAUUUACAACACACGUAUCGCAGUAUAACUUUGUUUUGUUAUAUUUGAUUUUUAAACUUGUAAAACAUUUUUUGAAUUAUAAUUCCUGUAUAAUAGAGUAGAAUUUGAAACUAAAAUUUUGACCAUGAAACAAAAACAUUGGAGAAUUGAUUGAUUUGGAUCUAAGAAAUAGACACUGUUUAAUAAAACAAUUGAAUGUAUGACUCUUCAAUUUUAGAUAAUCCACUUGGGGUUGUACGAGGUACAGUAUGGGUCAAAGAAGCAAGUUGCAAUGGCAGUUGUUUUAGCCAGUGGGACAGAGAUGGACAUGAUGGCAAAAAAACUUGACAGAGAGAUUUCAGAAGACAACAGAUCACCAACACCAGCUCCAUCACCAACUCCACCACCUAGUCCUCCAACUCCACCACCUAGGUCCUCAUCCAAGAGACAAUCUGACAAAAUACCAACCCUACGUAUACCAGCAAGGCGAAGGAAGAACACCAACAAACAGCAAAAGAAGAAAUCAACACCUGGAAAUGUGAUUUUGACAGGGAGUCCUCCGUCAUUAGAUGAGGAGCAGCCACCCCCAGCUCCUGAAAUAUUGACCUCUCAACCACCAGCACCAACAACAUAUUCCCGGAUAACCACCGGAUAUAACGACUGUUUGACCUGAUGAUUUCCGGCCAAUACAGACUAUUCACCAUGAUGACAAACUUUGAGAAGCGUCUAAAAGCCAUUGAAACCGAACAACACAAACUGCACGCCAAGUAGGAUAGUCUAGAAUGGUAUUUAACAACACAGAGGCAGGCAACACCAGGACUUCUGGCUGUUGCUAGUGACAAUGACACAGAUGAAGAAAACACCAACCCCCGAAGAAAUGAUCAUUUCAGGUGAUAGACUUACCAUUCUGAAAGACAGAGCCCAUUCCUCCGGUAACUUUGCGUCUAUAUCAAUG